GCCCCUUUCUGCCCCACCACAAGCUUCGCAGUCAUAAGUAAGGGACUACAGUGAGCUACGGUAGAUAAAACGGGUAACAGGAAAUCUGACAGUUUUCUUCAGCGACAGCAAACAUUUUUGGGACGUGACUAGCAUGUACAAAAUUGAAUACGUUGACUUUUUAUUUCCUUUUGCUACGAGUUAACGUGUUCUUUCGACCGAGCUAACUUGUCCUGCGAGGUUUUCUAAGUCGCCGUGUGAGCAGUAAAUGUGAAGGUGAAAGGUUUCUUGCUUCAUCCAAAGUCAAGCGCACCAUUUAAACAACAUGCCAUUCCCAUUUGGGAAGUCACAGAAGAGUCCAGCAGAGAUUGUAAAGAAUCUCAAGGAGAACGUGGCAUGCUUAGAGAAGCUGGAAUCAUCUGACAACAAGAAGAGUGAAAAGGUUGCUGAGGAAGUUUCAAAGAAUUUAGCCUCAUUGAAAGAGGUGUUGUGUGGUACUGGAGACAAGGAGCCUCAAACAGAAGCAGUGGCCCAACUAGCACAGGAGCUUUACAACACCAACCUCUUCAUCGCCCUCAUAGCCAACCUGCAGAGGAUCGACUUCGAGGGAAAGAAGGAUGUGGUUCAUCUGUUCAGCAACAUAGUGCGGCGUCAGAUUGGCACCCGCACACCCACAGUCGAGUACAUUUCCUCCCACUCUCAGAUCCUCUUUAUGCUGCUGAAAGGUUAUGAGACUCCAGAAGUGGCUCUGAAUUGCGGCAUGAUGUUGAGAGAGUGUCUGCGUCAUGAGCCCUUGGCCCGCACUGUCCUCUUCUCUGAGGACUUCUACCGCUUCUUCCACUAUGUGGAACUUUCCACUUUCGACAUUGCCUCAGAUGCCUUUGCUUCAUUUAAAGAUCUCCUAACAAGACACAAAAUCAUGUGUGCAGAUUUCUUGGAGACAAAUUAUGACCGGGUAUUUACAGAGUACGAAAAGCUGCUGCAUUCUGAUAAUUAUGUCACCAAACGUCAGUCUCUAAAGCUCUUGGGAGAACUCUUGCUGGACAGACACAACUUUACAGUCAUGACCAAAUAUAUCAGUCGAGCCGAGAACCUGAAACUGAUGAUGAACAUGUUGAGAGACAACAGCCGCAACAUCCAGUUUGAAGCUUUUCAUGUCUUUAAGGUGUUUGUUGCAAACCCAAAUAAGACUCAACCUGUUCUGGACAUCCUGCUGAAGAACCAAUCAAAACUGGUGGAGUUCCUGAGCCAAUUCCAAACAGACCGUUCGGAGGACGAGCAAUUCUGUGAUGAAAAGAACUAUCUCAUCAAGCAGAUACGAGAUCUCAGGAGGCCCGCACCACCGGAGGAAGCAUAAAGAAGAACAGGACUAAACAGUUGCGGUGGUGACAUGUUUUAUGCAGUUAAGGAAAUAAUGAAAGUAUGACAACAGGCCUCUCUCGGAUCACAUUUCUUUGCAGCUGUCCUCCAAAAUGUACAAUGUUAUAGGCAAUAUUUACAAACUUUUUUGUUUUCUGUUUGCUUAGGAAAGAAAGUGUGAAUUUGCAUGAGGGACACAAGCACUCUGUUGAAACUCUAGAGCAUUUCUCCCUUAUGUGUGAAACAUUUAUUUGAUUUUGUUUUUUUGAACCUUCUGCUUUUUUGACAUUAGUCUAUCUGCAGCUUCUAACUGUGAAUAGUGUUGUUGUUUUUUUUUUUUAAAUGAAGCAGGAAGUGAAGGAAGUCAUUUCACGCUGUCAUUUCUACUACAUUUCAAGACUUAAGUAGGCUCUCAAAGCUGUUUUAGGGGUGUACUAAAAGCAAAUGUUAAAACGUUUGAAGCAGAAGGUGUGUCACAGGUAUGUCAUGAAUUUAGAAAGUAAAGCAAAUGUUUUAAAACAAGGCUAUCAAAAUCAUUAAUUCAUUUCCAUUCUUUUUAAAACCAAUUGAAAUUUUAUUUCUUUCAUAGAAUUUCACGCAACCCUGAUUAUAAAUCAUGACUUGCAGAUUUUAUAGAUUUUCUGUCUCAUUUAUGACCAUGUGCUUACUUUCCAGAGUGCUUCCAUUAUUUACAAAUCAUUGAUUGUUUAAAUCUCCCACAACGCGUCGUCUUUAUACUAUUAUUCUGAUUUAGUUAGGUCAGCAUGUUGUUUAAACUGGAUGCGAGACUAUUUAUGAUAUAGAUUUAAAAACUGGGUGUUGGAUUUAUUAGCUGGGAAACUAAAUCUGGUUUGUUUUCACUGAUAGAUGCAUAACAUGUAGAACCAUAACCUCUUCACAAUCUCUGUAAAAUGGUAAAAAUGAUUGCACAUCCAUGUUUGAUGCUUCUUAGGUGCUGUGUUUUGAAUUUCAGCCUACGCACAUGAAUCUAGAGACCGCUGAAGCCUUUAACAGAUGACUCCAAAUGCACACAAAAGCAAACACCACAUUUAAUACAUUUUCCAUACCAUGAUCUGUACUGUCAACCUUAAAUUAAUCAAAACUGUGGAAAUAUGUUCUAUCUCAAGAUUGUAUUUUUAGGUUCAAAUUUAUUUUACAUUUUUCCAUAAAUCUUGGUUAUUGGAAUGCCUCUUUGCAAAACAGGAUUCUACAGAAAAGCCUUUCUAGGAUUAGCGAGUGUAUUUUAACUUCAACCUUCUAUUUAAUGUACUUGUUUGCACAAAGUCUAUUUUAUAUACCUCAUAGGAUUUGAGUUGCUUAGGUGUCAUGUACUUAAGUGUCCUUUCCCCCCUUGUGACCAGUUUCAGGUUAGAUUACCUGAGUGGUCAAUUAUGCAAGAUAAUGUUAAAUCUUAUAACAAAUUUUGCCCUUCAGUUGCUGAAUAGGAUCCACAAGGGAAAACGUUAACUGUGAUCUUUGCUGAUAUGGUACUCUUGAAUGUAAGCGUGCUGAUAUUUUUCUUAGUGUAUGUGAAUGUUUUAGCUAUUUCAGUUCAUGGAGUAAUCCCUUUUUAAAUGAUGGUGCCAAAACAAGGAGAUUUGAACAUCAAGUAGAGUUUAAUAAUAUAAAUACACCGUCUUUUUACAAAUGAGAUAGUGACUGUGAACCUCCAUCAUAUAAUGAAUAGUCCUAUACAGUCAGCACAAGCUUCUAUUAGUUUAUGUAAAGUUUAAAUCUGUAAAAUAGUCCACUACAUGAACAAUGGGUCAAAAUUAGUUUAGUUGUUUAGCUAAGUAGUUUAUAUUAAGGGUGGGCAGUUUUGGACAGGUUGCAAACGCCAGCCUUUGUCACUAAGUUUUAAUAGUGAACGUUUAACAAGAAGUUAUUGAGAAUUAUAAUGUCCAAUGCUUGGAAAAAUUACUGUUUGGGGUUUCUGGCUUCAGAAUUAGGCUUAAAUAUGAAGUGCUUUUUACUCCACUUUCAGUUUUCUUUUGGGAUUGUAUAUUUACUUAAAGGUUUAUUUAAAAAAAUGAAUGUGAAGACAUAUUUGAAAUAAAAAACAACUUUACAUGGCUAAAUAAUCAUUAAAAAGAGUGAAUUGAAAAACAA